AUGAAUCGCAUAGCCUCUCACCCGCUGGCUUGUUCCGCCGAGGAAUUCAUAUUUCGGUAUCGGGCGGGACAAUCACAAGUUACAUCAGAAACAGAAUAUCCUGAGCCUGAAGUGGAUCCAAUAACCCAGCAAAAAUUCAUCACCUCAUAUGGCCAAAAACGGAUGUGUUUCGCCGAAGUUUGUGUUCGACUACCCGGAUCUGGUCAAAUAGAUAUUGAUGGGAAAAAUCUGCUCGAGGCAUUUCCGGAUUUGGGCAAUCGCGAACAGAUCAUGUUUCCUUUUCUGGUCACGCAUACCUUAGGCAAAGUGGAUGUGAAGGCCAUAUUGUCCGGAACAGGCACCAGUUCUCCCGCUAAUGCCUUGCGUCUAGGCAUAUCACGUUGCCUGGCAUCUCUGCUCCCAGAUGAAAAAGGCCGUCAACGUUUACUUGUCUCAGGCUUGCUUACCCAGGACGAUAGGUUUGCUGAGCGCAAAAAACCGGGGCAGAAGAAAGCUCGAAAGAAGCCUAUCUGAUUGGUUCUUCCGAAAGUAUUUGAAACUAUCAUCUCCGAGCAACUAAACACGCUCCGCGAAAACGAAGAAUUACUGAGCAACAGUCACUUUGGCUUCCAACAGAGUCAUUUCACCGGUGACUUGCUGGCUAUUCUCUCACAAACCUGGUUGGAUGCACUUGAUAAUCACGGAGAAAAAGACUUGGUCUCGCUUGAAAUCUUAAAGGCCUUCAUUCGAGUUUGGCACGGUCUACUGGCGAAACUGUCCAUGCUUGGGUUCCGUAGUGUGGAUAUCAAGUGUCCUCAGGAAGCGAGCAAUCUCCGUCCGAGUUGA